AUGGAAGAUCACCAAACGGCUGCACUCUCAAAUUUGAGAGACGUUACCCCAUCACCUAGUUCGGGAAUGGAUUUUCUAAGAUCUCUAAUGCGCAAAUCUGGCCAAUAUGUAAGUGAUGAUGACCUGCACACUAUCCAGGAACUGGGUGAUAUAAUCGUAGGCGAUACAGUCGCCGUUUUGGAUCACUGGAAUGAGUGGCUGGAGAACAAUCUUCAUCACAGCUGCAUAUCUCUCCCGCCAUUUGACAGGUUUUCCUCGGCAGACAUUUGUGUUGCCAUGUUUCGCUUUCUGAGGGAAACUGACAGCAAUACACAUCGGAAAGCAAUCCUUCGCCGUCUAGCGCGAGUGCUUCUUCAUAUAUUCGUCGCGGAGUCUGUUAAAGAGCUGGAAUCAAGGGAACGCAACGGCGAAGUGUUCGACCGUAACGGACGCAAAAUGACCACUGUUGCCCAUGACCUCAUAAUAGAAAAGAUUGACCGGUCGAGAGUCGAUGAUCAGAUGUGUGAACGCAGCCAAAUCUCGGAGGCAAAGAGUUAUGGCAAGCGAUGGUGGAGACUUGGAAGUGGCAUUGGAAUCAUCGCUAUUCUUGUCUGUGCACCAGACGUGGCGGCCAGCUAUAUCGAGAGUCGUCGAUUCCACGAUAACGCCUUGGAUCUCCUGAUCAAUUACAUGAGAAACGUAUAUCCGACCGCCCUGGCCCAUUUCCAGUCUUUUGACCAAAUUCUUCAUCACGUCUUGGUUGACGGCUCACUGGCCGCAAAUCAUAUUGCCAGUGCCAUGGCUCGUCCAGCUCUCUCGGACUUGCUUGGGAAAUCUCUUCCCGAAAGCCCUCGCUGGUCCAACACCCAGGAGAUCAUGACUGCUGCAACCGAGGGUUUAGUGCGCGCCUUUAAAUAUCACUAG